ACGCUGCCUCCAACUCUGUCACCACAGCUCCCACCCCAGGUAUAGUGCAGCCAGUGGGUCCAAACACACAGUACGUCCGCCCAGUAACUUGGGAACCUCUCGUGACACGACCUCCACCUGUGGUCACACAGAACCCUUGGGCUGGCAACCCCACACAGAACCCCACCAUACAAAACCCCACACAAAUCCCAACACAGAACCCCAUACAAAACCCCACACAAAUCCCCACACAGAACCCCACCACACAAAUCCCCACACAGAACCCCUGGGCCGGCAACCCCACACAGAAUCCCAUACAAUACCCCACACAAAAUCCCUGGGCUGGAAACCCUACACAAAAUCCCACACAAAACCCAACACAAAACACCUUUGGUGGAAACCCCACAGGGUACCCUCCAGUCGCUGCCAGCCCAACCAAUUCAGGCUUACAGCAGGGCCCUGGAAACUCUGGCAACAGCUCAGGCUCACUUGGUGGCGGCCCAGUCGCUGGCAUCGUGAUAGGAGUCAUGGCUAUGGUCGCUGUUGCGGCAGUCGCUGCCUUUGUGAUUCGCCGCCAUAUGCAGAACCGCUCCGUGAGAGGCAGCCUCAGUUUCACCUCUAGGGGUUUCAAUAACGCUACUUACAGCAGUGAAAGUGGAGACGAGGCAAAGAUAUCUUCUGAUGCGUGAUGGGCAUUGAAGUAGACAUUAGUGUGGAAUUACAUAUUAUGUUCAUUUACAAGCACACACACAUGCAGACACAAGCGCACAUGCACACACAGGAAUACACACACGUGCUCUCUUGCAUGCAU